UUUUUUUUUGAGUUCCUUAAAUAAUAAUAAUAAAAAAAGGGGUGUGAAAUGGAAACGUUUAUUGGAUAUAUAAAAACACCUCAAGAUGCACUUAUUAUAUUUGAAGCUUGUAGAAGAGGCAUGUUAAACAGAGUACAAAGACGAUUAACAUCAAAGGAACGUAUCAGUAUUCAAUCCGGAUCUGUAUUUGCUUGGGAUGAAAGAGAGGCUGGUAUGAGACGUUGGACUGAUGGACGUACAUGGUCACCUAGUCGAGUCUUGGGUAGCUUCUUAACUUAUAAAGAAUUAGAUACUAAACGAAGACCUCGUCGUCCUCCUUCUAUUAUUCCUGGUGUAAAGCAUAUACCAUUUUCAUAUAAACAUGAUGGCUUAAUUAAACAAAGCUUUUCUAUCUGCACAACAACAAAUCAAAAAAUUCAUCUCAUCUCUUAUUAUACAAAAGCGGAUGUUCUCUCAGGAAGAUUAAAAAGACCUUCUGAAGACCCUCGAUUAAGUUCAAUUGAUAUUCCUCGAGGUUUAUAUCCAGAAUUAAAUCCUCUUGUCAAUAUUGCUUCACAAGAUCAGUAUCAUCCUUUAAUACAGCGUCAUAAUUCUAUUGAUUCUAACGGUGAUCUCUCGACAACUUCUUCUGUAUCUUCAACUUAUUCUCUUCCUCCCUCAUUAACCAUUACUAACAAUACUACUUCACCUUCUACAUCAGAAGAUGAUUUUGAAACAACUUUAUCACCUUUAAACACUACUAUCCAUCCUAAACAACAACAACAACAACAACAACAACAACAGGAACAGGAACAUGUUCCUUUUACAUCAUCUUCCUUUUCUUCUACAUCCUUAUCUCAAUAUAAUUUAUUACCUAUUCAAGAUAUUGCUUGGGAAAAAUUACCAUCAACAGAAGAUAUCCGACAAUUAAAUGCUCUUCGGGAUUUAGUACGCAUUUAAAAUUUAAAACCAAGAUAUUAUUAGACCCGUGUAGGCAACUCAUAUUAUCAAAUAUUUAUAUUAUGUAAUUUAUUAUAAGUCCUUUGUUUAUUGAAUCAUUUAUAUGCAUAUAAAGUAUAUACAUUUAAUUUUUUUUUCUCCUCCUUCCACCUCCUAUCUACUCCCACUUUCCUCUCCUCCUCUUUCCUCCUCCCCCCCAAAAAAAAAUAAUAAUAUGCAUAUACAUAUAUGUAUAUAAUAUAUCUAUAUUAUAUCAGAGAUACAAACUUCCUAUUCUUUUUCAUUCUUUUUUUUUGUAUAUUUAUUUUAUUUAUAUUGUAAAUCAUUAUUUUUUAUUUAAUUUUUGCUGGCUUAAAAAGAAUAAACAUUAAAACCUAUUAUCAUUAUUAUCGUUA